AUGGCUGCUCAAUCAGCCUUGAUGUCACCUCCAGUGUUUAAUGGGGAACAGUACCACAUAUGGGCUGUAAAGAUGAAAGCAUUUCUCCGGAGUCAAGGGUUGUGGCAGUAUGUGGAAGAAAAUAGGCAGCUACCUCCAUUAGGACCAAAUCCUACCCUGAAUCAGAUGAGACUGCAUGAGGAAGAAACUGCCAAAGCACCGAAAGCCCUUUCCCACAUUCAUGCUAUUGUAGCAGACCUUGUAUUCACAAGGAUCAUGGCAUACAAAACUCUAAAAGAGGCAUGGGAUAAGUUGAGAGAAGAAUGCAUGGGGAGCAACACAACAAGGAACAUGCAGGUUAAAGACUAUGUUGACAGGUUGAUGAGUGUUGUCAACAAAAUAAGGCUACUGGGAGUGGAGUUAACAGACAGGAGAGUGGUGGAGAAAGUUCUGGUUAGCCUACCUAAAAGAUUUGAGUCCAAAAUCUCAUCUCUUGAGGACUCAAGAGACAUGAGGCAGGUUACACUUACAAAGCUAGUUCAUGCACUGGAAGCACAAGAGCAAAGAAGGCUCUUGAGGCAAGAAGAUAUAGGUGAGGGUCCAAUGAUGGCAGCUCACAAAACCAAACCAGCUCAAGGGAACAAUAGGAGGUAUCCUGGUGAGAAGGGGAAAGAAAUGAGCAAUGGCCAAUGGGGAAAACCAAGUGGGAUGAAGGAAUAUCCACCUUGCUCCCACUGUAAAAGGAAGGGGCAUUCUGAAAAAAGAUGCUGGUUUAGGCUAGGAAUACAAUGUAGGGCUUGUCUGUAA